AAGAAGUUUGUGAAAUCAAAGAGAAGGAUCUGCUAAGUUAUGGACAUAAUCAGUGAGUUGCCUGAUGAUUUACUCUUGCGUAUUAUGUCUUUCGUUCACACAAAAACUGCGUUUGAUGCUCAACUCUUGUCCAAAAGAUGGCGAAAUCUCUGGAAAAAGUUGCCAACUCUCUACCAUGAUUACACCUUUCACAAAUCUGAAUCUCAGUUUUUAGUAUUCAUUAACAAGACACUGGAGUUACUCGAGUCUUCGGUGUUAGAGAGCUUUUAUAUCAGAAUUGUUCCAACACAAACUAGUUCUGGAGUUUUCCUCAGAGGAUGUCUACUAGCCAAGCUACAAGUGCGCGAACUUAACUUCAUCAGUAUUAUUAAUCCCGUUGCUCUACAAAUAAAGAAGGGAAUCUACCAUCUUCAAACGCUUGUGAUCUUGAGAAUUGAAUGUUGUAGUCUUGAAGAUGGUUAUGGUAACCAGAUCAUCCCAUUACAAUCCCUCAAAGUCUUGCAGCUUCGAUGUGUGAAGUAUUCCAGCGAUGCAUCUCUCUCUAAUCUCUUAUCUAGUUUACCGAGUCUCGAAGAUUUGUUUUUGGACAGAUGUUCGAGUGAUAAUAAGCCCACGAAAACUCUAUCUAUUGCGGUACGUUGUUUGCUGAGAUUGACGGUUCUUAGAUGUCCUGAUAAUUGUGAAAGUCAUCUCAUGAGGUUGAACGUUAAUGCACCUUCUUUGAAAUACUUGAACGUUGAAGAUCACUGGAGAAACGUUUCUUUUUCUGAGGAGAAGAUGGAAGAGCUCAUAGAAGCAGAUGUUAAUGUUAGUUAUAUCGAUACCGAGAAGCUUCUGACAGCUAUUGUAACAGCGAAACGCCUUUCGUUAUGUGUAGUCACUUCAAAGAUUCUGCGGGUUAAUGUAUUCUUUAAUCAACUCGUUCGUUUGGAGAUAUGCACAUGUCAACAAGAAUGGUGGAAUGUUCUUGAGAAGGUUUUGUUAAGUUCACCUAAACUAUGCAUUCUCAAGCUUCAUCAGAAACAUCUUUUUGGGACUAGAGAUCCCACGGUUAGAUGGAAAGAACCUAGUUCUGUUCCUGUAUGUUUUGCUUCUCAUCUUGAAACGUUCGAGUGGAGAGGUUAUGAAGGAACAGAAGAUGAGAAAAAAUUAGCGAGUUACAUCUUAAGAAAUGCUGGGAUAUUGAAGACUGUAACGAUCUAUCCGUUGAUCUCAAAUCCAGAUAUCAGAAGGCGUAGGAUUCUCAAAAACCAUAUGAGCAACGAAUUAGUGAAACUUUCUGGAUGGUCAUUCACUUGUAAGCUUGUUUUCAGAUGA